GAGGGUCCGCAUCCGGUAUCGAUAGCACCGUCCUCGCCAAAGUUGGGAAAUCAACUUCUACGACUUUUCAGGCUGUGUACGCUACGUCAACGGCGGUUGAUGGUCCAGGGGUCUCCGAGGCGAUCCAUUAUCGAGCUACUGUUUAGCUGAGCAGAGUGUGCAACGUGCGCUCGCAAUGGCUUCUGAAGCGUCGGCCGAUGCGGGGGCGCCCAACCUCAAUCUCACCCCCGAGGAGAAGCGAGUAUACGGACAGUUGUUUCGCUUAGCCGAUUCCGAAAAUGUCGGUGUCGUGACGGGCGAGGUGGCUGUCAAGUUCUUCGAGAAGACGAGAUUAGACUCGAGGGUUCUCGGAGAGAUAUGGCAGAUUGCGGACAAGGAGAACCGUGGCUUCCUCACGCCUGCCGGCUUCGGUAUCGUCCUGCGACUUAUUGGGCAUGCGCAGGCCGGCCGCGAGCCGACGCCCGAACUGGCUCUCCAACAAGGCCCGCUUCCCAGGUUCGACGGUUUCACACCAGCUCCCGCGCCGCCUCCUCCGCCUCCCGCGCUGCAGGCCCAAGGAACCGGUGCUCCCGGCCCGAUCCGGAUUCCCCCCCUAACGCCGGAAAAGGUGGCACAGUACGUUAGUCUUUUCGAGCGGCAACCUCUUCAGAAUGGCAAUAUGCUGGCAGGAGAGGCUGCCAAGCAGAUAUUUGAAAAGUCAGGUCUUCCGAACGAGGUCCUGGGCCGGAUCUGGAUGCUUGCCGAUACGGAGCAGCGCGGAGCGCUGGUGCAGACUGAAUUCGUCAUUGCCAUGCACCUACUCACUUCUAUGAAGACUGGGGCGUUGCGUGGCCUGCCCAACAUUCUCCCUGCUGCUCUCUACGAGGCUGCGACGCGCCGCGCCCCCGCUCCGGCCAGCAUUCCCAGACAGCAGUCUCCGACAGCAGUUACGCCGCCCAUCUCGGCUGUGCCGAGACAGCUUACUGGAGGGCCACUGCCGCAAAUGCGGACGGGUAGCCCAUUGGGUCGUCCCCCUACAGUGGCACAGACAACCGGAGAGUGGCUGAUCACUCCGGCAGACAAGGCGAGAUUCGACCAGCUGUAUGACGAACUGGACAAGACCAAAAAGGGCUUUAUUACCGGAGAGGAGGCGGUGCCCUUUUUCAGCCAAUCCAACCUGUCGGAAGAUGUCCUUGCCCAAAUCUGGGACCUCGCAGACAUAAGGUCGGAGGGCCGCCUCACAAGGGAUGAAUUCGCUGUUGCCAUGUACCUUAUAAGACAACAGAGGACCAAAACUGGGCCAGCCGUGCUUCCUGCCACGCUGCCCCCUAAUCUUGUCCCUCCAAGCAUGCGGGCCCAGCCGGUUCGCCCCCAGACGGCCACUGCGGCGUUCGAGCCUCCACCGCGUCCGCAACCACAACCGAGGCCUUCUGCCCUCGAUGACCUGUUCGGUUUGGAUGACCCUCACCCGCCAGCACAGACUCAGGUCCCUAUUGCUACAGGUGGGUCCGCUGGCGGUGACCCUUUCGCCAGCAGUAUCAGCCCCCCUGCUCCAUCUUCGCCUGCUCGACCUUCUCCUUCCGCCUCGACCUUCAAGCCUUUCGUUCCCUCUUCAUCCUUUGGGCGCGGCCUUACCGCGCAAGCCACCGGAGGUUCGAAUACCUCGGCCACAGCCAAGCCUGCUGCAGUGGACGAUGACCUUCUGGGUGAUACUGAGCCGGAAGUGAGCAAGAACCUGAAUAGCGAGACUACUGAGCUUGCCAACCUGUCAAACCAGAUCGGGUCCCUCACCAAGCAGGUGCAGGACGUGCAGGCGCAGCGCACAGCCACUCAAAAUGAGUUGACUCAGUCCACUAUCCAGAAGAAGAACUUUGAGCAGCGUCUUACCCAGCUUCGUGCUAUGUACGAGAAGGAAGCACAGGACGUCCGUUCCCUAGAGACUCAGCUCACUACUUCAAAGAACGAGACGAAGAAGCUGCAGGCCGAGUUUGCCAUGAUCGAUGCUAGCUACCAAGAGCUGCAGAACCAGCAUCGUCAGAUCGUGACUGCGCUGCAGGCGGACCAGCAGGAGAAUGUCAACCUUAAGGAGAAGAUUCGCGUGGUGAACGCUGAGAUUGCCCAGCUAAAGCCUCAGAUUGAGAAGCUGAAAUCUGAGGCGCGGCAGCAGAAGGGGCUCGUUGCAAUCAACAAGAAGCAGCUUGCGACUAACGAGGCCGAACGGGACAAGCUGAGGAGCGAAGCCGAGGAUCUCGCUAAGAGCAACGAGGAGUUGAGCCGUCAGAUUAGCUCCAGCGGCUCGUCGGCGCCAGGACAAGUCGCGAGUCCCGCACCUUCGACCGCGAGUGCCAAUAAUCCCUUCUUUAGGCGGACGGGAAGCACUGACAUCGGCAACGCGUUUUCGCCUCCAAUGAGAGCGUUUAGCGACAAGGCGUUCGACGACGUGUUUGGACCCGGCCCUGGCAGCCAGGCUGGCACGCCACCUCCUGCGGCGGCCGCUGUUUUCAAGCACAACACUGGCGCCUCGACCGGCAGCGUCGGCUCCUUCGCUACGCCUGUCUCGACUAGCCCCAACGCCAGCCGCCAGCCCACUGUUGCAUCCGAGCCGACGGCACUCGCGGAGGCGGGGCGCGCCAACUCAGGCUUCCCGCCCUUUGUUGACGCUGCAGAGUCCUUGACGCCGUCUCGUCAGGUCUCGCCCGCGCUGAGCCGGACCGAAACGAACCAGGAUGCGCAUUCAUCCGUGGCUUCUCCUAUGGAGCCGGCGCAGACUGGACAGAGUCUUGCUUCAGGCUCCGGGUCUGAGGCGGCAAGGGCUGCCUCUCCCGUCUCGGAGGCUAAAACUGCCAACAAUACCUUCGGCUCGAUCUCGGAAGAGUCAAACAAGGGUGUCGCGGUGAGCAACGGAUCGGAUCCGUUUGCGGUCGACCAGGAGAAGGCCAAGGAGGACUUCGAGUCGGCGUUUGCCAGCUUCAAGCAGGCCCGGGCUGCGACAGGCUCAAGCGCCGAUACGGCCAAAGCCUUCUCGAGCUUCAACACGGAAUUUCCCCCCAUCUCCGAGCUGGAGCGCGACGAUGACUCUGAAACGGAGAGUGACCGGGGUGGCUUUGACGAUGACUUUGCUCCUGCCUCGCCUCCUCCAAGGCCGGCGGACAAGGCUGAGUCAAGGUCCGCGUCCCCUACGGUGUCAAAGACCAAGCCCGACAUGGAUGUCUCUGCGGCUUCAACUGCAACCCCUGAGCCUGCCACGAGCGAUAAGCCCGUUCCAACUGCCUCCUCCUCUACCAACCUUAACAACCUCAGCAGCUCCAACGUAGACGACAUCUUCGGCUCGGCUGCUGGUGGCCAACAGCAGCCUGCUGCCGCAGCUAGCUCAGCUAGCCGGCCGGCGACCGCGGCCACUGCUUCCAAAGGCGCCUUUGACGACCUCGACGACGACUUCGAAGGACUCGAAGACGCCAAGGAAGGCUCUGCAGACGACGACUUUGCAAACAUCUCCCGGUCCGGCCUGGACGACUUCAACCCCGUUUUCGACAGCAGCCCGCCGCCGAGCCAGCCGAAGAGCGACUCGGCCCAUACUGGCGUUGCCUUCGGCAUCGAGAGCAGCUUUGACUUUGCGUCCUUGUCGACCACCUCCGCAGCGGGCAGCACCGCCGGACCGGCUUCUACUUCCACUGCCGGUGCUAGUGCUGGACAGCAACCAGGCAACGCGAAGUCUUCCUCAUCGCAGGCGGCGGAGUCGCAUGACUGGGACGCGCUAUUUGCGGGACUGGACUCCGCUACCCCGACGGCAUCGUCUCACACAUUGGCUAGUGGCGUCGAGACCGGUGAUGGCAAUGGCAAUGGCAGUGCCCAGGAACAACAAGCCGCCAGACCGGGUGCGCCUGGCAGGGCGCUCACCGAGGAGGGGGAGCACGACGACCCGAUUCUGAAGAAUCUGACUGGCAUGGGCUACCCGAGGAAGGACGCAUUGGCGGCGCUGGAGAAAUACGACUACAACUUGGAGAGGGUAAGCAUUACUGAACUCGCCAACCGUGGGAUGCGGAAGUAGAGGAUGGGGGUUUAGGCCUUUUUUCCCCCUCAAUCCUAUGUUGGACGAAAUGGCUGACUUAUGGUUUCUUCCCUUUCUCUGCAGGCGGCGAAUUAUCUGGCAAGUCAGUCUUAGGCGGCGUGAUCAAGGCAGGCACGGGGGUGCCACCCUGAUUACUCUCUCGGAGUUAGCCAUGCAACGAUGGUUGGACGGGGCUCGGCGAGCACUGCUCGCUGAGCAGCGGUGGAGAGGAUGAGUGAGUGGUUGUGGUGAUGAUUGAUACCUGUGUUUUUCUUCUUCUCCUUUCCCCCCUUUUACUCCCAGCCUAUCUCUUUCGUACUCUCUCCUUUUCCUUUGUCUGUUUCUAGCUCUGGACUAUUUUCGGUUCCCUUCUGUACGUUCUGUUGCAUUCCGGGAUGGGGUUUGGGAGUAUGUUAUGUUGUUGAUCCCUUUCUCCUGCCCAGCCGCUCAUUCGCUAAAUCUUAAUCCCCUCUU